AUGUUUUCUGAUAUUUCAAACAAAACAUUUGAUAGCUCUUCCCCGGAUCUUUGGUCCUCAUUGCCUGAAGGUCUUACACUAGAAAAAAUACUACAUAACCAGACACCUCCGCCCUUUAGUCUACAGGAGUUUUCAGACUAUUUAAAAUCAAUUUACUGUAUAGAAAAUUUGUUAUUUUAUCAAGCAGUCAAUCAAUAUCAGUCAAACUGCGAUUUAUAUUUUAAAAACACAAACUUUGAUUUCUCUGACCUUUCAGCACACCUUCUUGUACCUCAACAACAAGUACAUUUUAGAUUCAUUAGACAACAGUUCCAACAUAUCCUUCAAAACUUUGUACAAAUUGAUGCCCCACAUGAAAUCAACAUACCCUAUGAAGUACGCCAUCAACUACUUGACCUCCAUCAGACGCAAAAACUCUAUCAUCCUGCUUUACUCCAUCCUGCUUCCAAUGCUGUUGUUGAACUGCUAAGGAUCAAUGCAUUUAUUCCUUUUGCCACUGAUAUCAGUCGGAUAAAACCAUUUAACUCUAAAAGAAAGAAAAGUGCGCCUUCACUCAAAAUAUUACCAGACACAGCAGAAGUAUCCUUAUUAUCUCCAGGCUUCUUGAAAAAGAUCACUACUCCUUUCAGAAUGAGAUCCUUUGAUUCCCCUUCAUUCACAAACAAAUAA